UAUAUUUUUUGUAAAUUGUUUGUGAGCACCUACAUGCUGACUUUCUACUUUCAUUGCAUUUAUUUUCAAAGGUCCUCCAGCUUGGUUCAACACUCAUUCUAUCUAAACAAAUUUCUCGUCUUCUUAUCUUUUCAACUCUUUAAUUUGUUUUCACAAAAAAAUGGCCGACGCUUUGCUUGGAGUUGUGUUUGAAAAUUUGACGGCUCUCCAUCAAAAUGAAUUUUCAACCAUUUCUGGAAUUAAGUCAAAGGCUCAAAAGCUAUCAGACAACUUAGUUCACAUCAAGGCUGUUCUUGAAGAUGCUGAGAAGAAACAAUUCAAAGAACUCUCUAUUAAGCUAUGGUUACAAGACCUCAAAGAUGCUGUUUAUGUGCUCGAUGAUAUCCUUGAUGAGUACUCGAUCGAGUCUUGUCGACUGAGAGGAUUUACCUCUUUCAAACCAAAGAACAUCAAGUUUCGCCAUGAGAUCGGUAACAGGUUGAAAGAGAUUACAAGGAGGUUAGAUAAUAUUGCUGAACGUAAGAACAAGUUUUCUCUACAGAUGGGUGGAACUCUUAGGGAAAUCCCAGAUCAAGUAGCUGAAGGGCGCCAAACCGGCUCCAUUAUUGCUGAACCAAAAGUGUUUGGACGAGAAGUUGAUAAAGAAAAGAUUGUUGAGUUUCUUCUCACCCAAGCGAAGGACUCUGACUUCCUUUCCGUCUAUCCCAUAGUUGGUUUAGGUGGUGUUGGAAAAACAACUCUUGUUCAAUUGGUCUACAAUGAUGUUAGGGUGAGUGGCAAUUUUGAAAAAAAAAUUUGGGUUUGUGUUUCUGAGACUUUCUCGGUAAAGAGGAUUUUGUGUUCUAUUAUAGAAUCUAUCACAUUAGAGAAGUGUCCUGACUUUGAUUAUGCUGUAAUGGAAGGAAAGGUGCAAGGAUUGUUGCAAGGGAAAAUAUAUUUGCUGAUUUUGGAUGAUGUGUGGAAUCAAAAUGAACAAUUGGAAUCUGGGUUAACACAAGAUAGAUGGAAUCGUUUGAAAUCUGUUUUGUCGUGUGGAUCAAAAGGUAGUUCCAUUUUAGUGUCCACUCGUGAUGAGGAUGUUGCAUCAAUCAUGGGGACAUGGGAAAGUCACCGUUUGUCUGGUCUCUCUGAUAGUGAUUGUUGGUUGUUGUUCAAACAACAUGCAUUUAAACGUAACAAAGAAGAGGAUACAAAGCUUGUGGAAAUUGGAAAGGAGAUAGUAAAGAAAUGUAAUGGAUUGCCUCUUGCAGCAAAAGCAUUGGGGGGUUUAAUGGUCUCAAUGAAUGAAGAAAAGGAAUGGCUUGAUAUUAAAGACAGUGAGCUUUGGGAUUUACCACAUGAAAAAUCUAUUUUACCUGCUUUGAGUUUGAGUUACUUUUAUUUAACACCAACCCUAAAGCAAUGUUUCUCCUUUUGUGCUAUAUUUCCCAAAGAUAGAGAAAUCCUGAAGGAAGAAUUGAUUCAACUUUGGAUGGCUAAUGGAUUUAUUGCAAAGAGGAAUUUAGAGGUUGAAGAUGUUGGAAACAUGGUUUGGAAGGAAUUGUACAAAAAAUCGUUCUUUCAAGAUAGCAAGAUGGAUGAAUAUUCUGGAGACAUUUCUUUCAAGAUGCAUGAUCUUGUCCAUGAUCUCGCUCAAUCAGUAAUGGGGCAAGAAUGUAUGUGUUUGGAGAAUAAAAACACGACUAAUUUGUCAAAAAGCACACACCACAUUGGUUUUGACAGCAACAACUUUUUAUCCUUCGAUGAAAAUGCUUUCAAAAAAGUUGAAUCCUUGCGAACUUUGUUUGACAUGAAGAAAUAUUAUUUUCUUAGAAAAAAAGAUGAUCACUUCCCAUUAAGCAGCUCUCUCCGUGUUUUAAGCACAUCUUCUCUGCAGAUCCCAAUAUGGAGUUUAAUUCAUUUAAGGUAUUUGGAACUUACUUAUCUUGACAUAGAAAAGUUGCCUAACUCAAUUUACAACUUACAAAAACUGGAAAUCUUGAAAAUAAAACGUUGUGAUAAACUGAGUUGUCUUCCAAAACGCUUGGCUUGCUUACAAAAUCUUAGGCAUAUAGUCAUUGAAGAAUGUCGGUCUUUGUCUCUAAUGUUUCCUAACAUUGGAAAAUUAUCUUGUCUAAGAACAUUAAGUGUGUACAUUGUUAGUUUAGAGAAAGGGAAUAGCUUGACAGAGUUACGUGAUCUAAACCUCGGUGGAAAACUGCAUAUCCAAGGAUUAAACAAUGUUGGCAGGUUAUCUGAAGCUGAAGCGGCUAAUUUGAUGGGUAAAAAAGACCUUCAUCAAUUAUGCUUGUCGUGGAUAUCGCAACAGGAAUCUAUAAUUAGUGCUGAGCAAGUGCUCGAAGAGCUUCAACCUCACUCAAAUCUCAAUUCCUUGACAGUAAAUUUCUAUGAAGGAUUAUCGUUACCAAGUUGGAUAAGCCUUCUUAGUAAUUUAAUUUCUCUUAAUCUUUGGAAUUGCAACAAAAUUGUGCUGCUUCAGUUACUUGGUAAACUACCAUCUCUAAAAAAUCUUAGAGUAUAUCGUAUGAAUAAUCUGAAAUACUUGGAUGAUGAUGAAUCUGAGGAUGGUAUGGAGGUGAGGGUUUUCCCAUCUCUGGAGGUACUCUACUUACAACGCCUACCAAACAUAGAGGGGUUAUUGAAAGUGGAAAGAGGGGAGAUGUUUCCUUGUCUUUCUAACUUGACAAUCUCCUAUUGCCCUAAAAUUGGACUGCCAUGUCUUCCAUCUCUUAAAGACCUCUAUGUUGAGGGAUGUAACAAUGAGUUACUGAGGUCAAUCUCUACCUUCCGUGGUCUUACUCAGCUUAUCUUAUAUGAAGGUGAAGGAAUAACAUCCUUCCCAGAGGGGAUGUUCAAAAACCUUACUUCUCUUCAAUCUCUGUCUAUCAUUAGUUGUAAUGAGUUGGAGUCCUUACCAGAGCAAAAUUGGGAAGGUCUUCAAUCCCUUCGAACUCUACAGAUUUAUAGCUGUGAAGGAUUGCGAUGCUUGCCGGAGGGUAUUCGACACCUCACUUCUCUUGAGCUUCUGACUAUCAUUAAUUGCCCAACAUUAGAGGAACGAUGCAAAGAGGGAACAGGGGAGGAUUGGGACAAGAUAGCUCAUAUUCCAAAUAUACAGUUUAAGUGAUAGAGUUAAUUGAUGUUUAAGAAGCAGAGACGUUUACCCUUAUCUGCCUCAAUCACCAUCGCAAAAUUCAAUUUUACUGAAUGAGCACCAGAAUCUUUAUACAUGAAAGAUAUUUCACUGCUCAACUAAAGUUACAAAUGUUCUAAUUCAGGAGUGAAGUUUGCUGCUGAAGAUUUCAAUUUCCUUUAACUGAUAUCUCUUUGCUGGUUAUCGUUGGUUUCCAGGCAAGGGACUGAAUGUAUUUUGGCCUGAAAAAUCAAUCUCCAAAUAAGGCAGUGAACAAUGGUGAUCCAACACAUGAGCUGAACUUAAUUCCAACUAAUAACAGAUGUUGAAAGAGUUAUAUAUAGCUUCUCCUAAGCCUUAGGAGGUUGUCCUUGAUUUUACAAUAUCUACUAGUACUAAUGUUGCUAACAUAAGUGAUUCUUUAUAUUAAUCUCUUUCCCAUUUCUCUAGUGUAGUUUUUUGUUGGUGAGCUUAUAAUCAGACAUUUUGUGUCUUGGUUAUUCCAAACAGUGUACAUACAUUAUUUAUUUAAAAGGGAUAAAUGCUUUUUUGAAUUCA